GUCAGCUUUAAAAAGGUUGCCUUUCAUGAGGAACAGAUCCAAGGACAAAGACAAGGCCAAGGCCAUCUACCGGCGCUCCAUGUCCAUGAAUGACCUGCUGCAGACCAUGGCGGUGGCCGGUGGCCCCGGGGCCCAGUGGGCGGGCAGUAUUGAGAAUCUUGACGGCGCUGAGGCCGGAGAUGGCGGCAUGACGGGGAGCAGCAGGCGUGGCGGGCAGCGCAUGAAGGAGCUCGCCUUUUCCACCAACGCCAUCGACUGUGCGGCACUCACCCUGCCCAGUGCGGGACGCAGCAGGGCCAAGCUCCGGCUUCAGGUCAAAGCAGAUAAUGCCUCCUGCGAGGAUGUUACCGGCUCCACCGACGACCCCAAGAGUCAAGCCACCACCAGACCCUCCAGUCUCCAUAGCAACAGGACCACCAGUAGUAAUAGUAACAAUAACUCCCACCUCGCUUCUCCUCUAGAGGGCAAAGGCACGUUGAACGGCAGCCUCAGCCGCCCUCACAGCGAGAGCAGCGGUGAGUUCAGCCUGAGCUUAGACCAGGAGGUGUGGUCGAGCAGCGGCAGCAGCCCCGUCCAGCAGCCCACCUCCUCACGCUCCUCCCACCAGAGCCCCCUGCAGCUGCGCAGGUCACUCGACCCGACCACUGCCGCAGGAAGCCCCGGCCAAACCCAGAUCAGGAAGACGGGAUCCCCGAGCAACGAGGUGCUCUCUCUGCAACAGUUCCUGGACGAGAGCAUUGAUCCUGCAGAGUCUGGCAGCCAGGAGAACCUCACUUUCGACUCUCCUUGCCUCUCCACAUCCUCUGAGCACGUGCAGAAGGAACGCACUACCACAAAGGGCCGCGGCAUAUUACGCUCAGCCAGCGGCAGAGCGGCGCCGGUCAGCUCCGAACGCCCGCCCAGAUCCUCGGCACAGCCAGGGCGCCCCAGCCUGCGGAAGGCGGAGAGCACCCGCAUCAGAGGCUCCGUCCCAAUGCGCUCCAGCCUCUCCUCGCAGGGGAAAGCCACGUCCUUCUCUGAGCGCCUGGACUCGGCCUCCUCCACGCUGCCCCGUGCCAGCAGCGUCAUUUCCACGGCCGAAGGAACCACGCGGCGCACCAGCAUCCAUGACCUGCUCUCGAAGGACAACCGGCAGCCUGUGUCGGUCGACUCUUCUCCUCCAGUCGCCUCCACCAAGGCUGGGGUGCGCUCCACGCCUACAGCCAGUGAGUACCGCUCCAACCUAAAGGGACCCCUCAUCACCACCGCCCCUCUGCCCAAGUCCCUCAGCUUACCCUGCCAUAGCUUGGAGGACCCUGACCUCUCCACCCUCGAGUCCUUCCUCGGCCCUUCCUUCACUGUAGAGUCCGUGUUCAUGGACUCCAUUUUUAGCGAGUCAGGGGGCAAAAACCUCCCCUUCCUGUCUCUAAACCCCACCCUAGUUAGCAAUAUCAGCGGGCCGCCUGUUACAAAUAAACCCCCUCCUGUCGCACCCGUCCCAAACCACAUUUCCACCCAAAACCAGAACCCUCCCUGCCAAUCUAACGGCCAAAUGAGAUCCGGCCCGGCCAGCCUGGAAGCGUAUAACGAGGGCGUCGACCCCAGUCGGGCGAAUAAUUCGGACCAGUCCCUGAACCCAGAGGACAACCAGUCCCUGUGGUACGAGUAUGGGUGUGUGUGAAGGACGAGGAGGGUCCGGCUCACUGAUCUAACCUAAAGAACUGACGGACAAACGACAAAUCCUCCUCCUCUGCAUGUAUUUGUCGGAGCACUGUCUAUCUCUGUGUGGUGGAUUGGUUUCCAUGGUGCUGACUGGUGAUUUGUUUUGUUUUUAUUUUAUUUUUGUCACCUCCUCCUUAUUUCUGUCCCGUUGUGUUUCGGACUUUGAACGUCCCUCCGUCCAACAGCCUUCGCCAUGUCGUCCUCAUCGAAUCUGUGUCACUGGCUAACAACAUACAUCAUCUGCUUUAGUGGGAUCGAUUCAUAUUUCUGUUUAGAGCUUGAAUGGUGAAUUAUCCUCAAGCAGACUUGUUGGAGACUCAGCCCAAAAAUGAACCAGUUAAAACACCAAAGCAUUGCAUUGUGGGACAGAUGAUAGAUUCACUUGUGGUUUUUAUCAUGUUUCAUGGGAGAGGUUUUUUUUUGUGUUUCACUUAACUGCAUGGCUUCAGUCUGUCUCUGUAAUUUUGAUUCCUGUGAUCAAAAUGUUCUUUUUGUUUCCUUUGAGUGUGUACUGUGUUUUGUUUUGUACAUUUUUCUGUAUUUUCUUUUGCAUAUAUUAACUGGAGACCUUUUGGACAAUGGGCUUCGACCUGGUCGACUUUGUGGGCUGGUGACAAAAUGAUGCAGCUUCAUUCUCAGAGGGAUCUGAGCGGAGGAUUGAGUUGGUUCAGUGAAAGUUGACAGUGACGGUAGAGGAACACGACGAGAGCGAUUAUUAUGUUUUAGGCACUUUUUGACAGAGUUACAGACAGAGGGAGUCGUAGGUUGAGAACAGUUUGCAUUUAUCUGAUCGUUGUGGGAAUGAAGCUAACAUCAUUUCUUUUGGUAUCUGGAAACUUUAAACAUCCCGACGCACCACACUAGAGAAUGGAUAAUAUUGAUUAUGUAUUUUCAAUUGAUAAGAUCUUGUACAGAUUGUUUUAAGUUAUAAUCAAAGACGAGCACUGCGUAAAGUGCUGAUACUAGUGGAACCGUCUGCGUCUAGAUCCUUAUUUAUUUCUGCUUUUUUUUUAAAUUGUGUUUUAUUUCUCGCUCUGCAGUGGCCGUUCUGAAGUUGCAUGAUUGUAUUUAUCUUGAUCCAGAGUUCACGCUGGUGUAAAGAAGAUGAAAAUGUUUUGCUCACUGUCCACAGAUGUAACAUGAACAUUGCCUUUGUCCUACAGAUGAGGAGGGCAGAAAGUCUAAAAGCAGGAGCGGGGAGCAAAGCUGCUAAACCCUGCCCCCCCCCACACCCUGGUCUGUCUGGUACCGUGCUGUGAGCGCGUGGUGAGUGAGCGCUGCUCGAGCGGGACGAAUAAGGGGCUGUGGUGGUGGUGGUGGGUGGAUGGGGUUGGGGGGGGGGGGGCAGCCUUGUCUCCAUGGGAACCUAAAACAUGGUGUAACAGAUGUCGUCCAUCAUGCCGUGCACUUGCCUCCCCUGCUUCUCUAAGCUGUCCCUCCCCCACCCCGACCCCUCUCUGUCCCGUCCCACGGUCCCUGUGCUGCCAAACGCCUGCACAGAGCCUGACGGGACCCGGUCUGCAUGGCAUGUGGGCCGAUUUCACCACGCUGCUCUGAGUGAAUGAACGUUUGUGCUCCCAGAUCCCCCAGAAAGAGGAGUCCCAUGACUCCAGCAGCACCGUAUCCCUCCUCCCUGAAGCUUUUUGUUAAAUGUGUCCCACUGCUAAAGAAAACUAGUCCAGUAUUGUUGCUGCAUGGCUUUGGUGUAGCGCUGAAAUCCUUCCUCCCUUGACACUGCAUGUAGACCCAGGCUGGCUGCUGUCUCCUCUUGUUCGUCACUAACCAUCUUAACUGAAACAAUUUCUGACUUUUAACCUUCUUCUUUCUCUGUUUUUUUACUUCUUCUUUCUAUUUUUCCUCCUCCUCCUCUUCUUCACUUUUCUGAUCUGUCUCCUUUGUCUUUCUUCUCGGACUCUUUCCACUCCUCUUUGCUUGCCUGGGACUCAGAGAGAGAGGUGGCCUUGGAGCUGUGUGUCUGAAGCCUAGUAGAGUUAAUCUGCUGAGACCGUCUACAGUGAGAAAAGAUUGUAUGUCCCAGUUUGUUUUUUUUUUUAAACCCAGGACCCUUCAGUAGAGAAAAGUAACCCCCAGCUCUGUUUUGUUUUUCUUCCUUGAAUCAAGGAAACAACAGAAAAAUACUAGAAAAUGUUGCGGUGACAGUUUUUUUCGUUUGAAGUCUGCUGUGGCAGAUUGCACUGCCACGUGUCGGACUCUGAGAUGUGCACUAGACUCUGUGGACUAUGAUUAAAGUGCCAAUGUUCACUCGACAGCCAAAAGGGCGAUCUUAACAAACCAGACUGAUGUUGGACCUUCUGUGACAGCCGGACCUUCUUCUGCCCGAUGCCAUGAUAAUUGAAACAAAUACUGUUUUUUUCCCAAACGGGCGGCACAAAACUCAUCACUUAGUCUGGAUCUUACAAACCAUCUUCACCGCAUGACAGCACAAACAUUUCAGACUCAAUCUGCCAAUCAUCAGACUGAUGAAUCACAAUCUGCAUGGAGCAAUCAAUCAAUCCAUCAAUCAGCCAAUCAUCCCACUUCCUUUGUCCGGUCAAAGGUUUGAGUCCAGUGGGGAUUUUUACUCGCCAGGAUGCCAAAGGGACUGGAAGCCAUGGCAGCUGUGUGAUUGGCGUGUGCUGCCAAUGAAGGUUGUGUGAUCUGAGAGAGACUUUUGGGGGAAUGUUCCAGGUCACCUAUACGACAGAGAAACACCCUGAAACGCACCCUACAUCUUAGCUUAAAUUAUAUAUAUAUAUAUCAUCAUACAGUAGCUCGUGGAUCUAAUCACACCACAUCAUGUCGUCUAUCGCUUCCUAUCCUGCUCUGACAGUAAAAAUAAAGACAGUUAAAGCACACUGACGGUUCAUAAACACCAUAACAUCUCGUGACGACUCUGCGAAGUACCGUUCAUAAAGGAGGACUGGACUGUAGGUGACCUGUAACUUGCCCGGUGCAUUUCCAGAAUGUGUGCACAUUUCUGUUGCUGUGAUGUUGAACAUGAUGAUGAGACCCAGUGUUUUUCUCCUUUUCCACUUUUACAUAAACCCAUUUGAUGUAAUUAAAACUCAUCAAGACGAA